GUCAAAAUCUAUAUUAAAAUGGAGGAUAAGAGUCAAGUUGUGGAACGAGAGGCUAAAAAGGAUGAGAUUUACGAAAAAGAUGGGAAAUCUAAAAGUUCAAAGAAGAGACAUCGUAAGAAGAAGAACGAGAUGGCGCAUACAACUAGCGAAAACCAUAAUCAAUCCGACCAUAAAGAUAAGCUGGAAUUACAUGGCACGUGCAAUAUUUCUAUAAAGAGCAUACAAAGAGCAAUGGAGGUAUUUAGUAUGCAGCAGAAACCUGCAAAAACUCAAGAAGAGGCUAUGCAAAAGCCUUAUCAGUUUUGGAGUACACAACCGGUACCAAAAAUGGAUGAAAAGAUAGUGAAAAAUGAACCUAUUGAACCUGAUAAAACAUCUAUAAGAGCAGAACCUUACUCCUUACCAGCAGACUUUCAAUGGGAUACCUUGAAUCUUGAUGAUCCAUUAGUUUUAUCCGAAUUAUAUACUUUGUUAUCCGAAAAUUAUGUGGAAGACGACGAUGCUAUGUUUAGAUUUGAUUAUCCACCAAAUUUUCUAAAGUGGGCACUGCAACCCCCUGGAUGGUGCAAAGAAUGGCACUGUGGGGUACGGGUCACUAAAAGUGGGCGUCUAGUCGGUUUUAUUUCUGCUAUUCCUGCUACUCUGCGUGUAUACAAUCACUCUCAAAAAAUGGUGGAAAUAAAUUUCUUGUGCGUGCAUAAAAAAUUGAGAUCGAAGAGAGUCGCACCAGUGUUAAUACGGGAAAUAACUAGGAGAGUUAAUCUUCAAGGUAUAUUUCAGGCUGUGUAUACCGCUGGUGUCGUAUUGCCAAAACCAAUAGCAACGUGCAGGUAUUGGCAUCGUUCUCUAAAUCCAAAGAAACUAAUCGAAAUAAAGUUCUCUCAUUUAUCUCGUAAUAUGACUAUGCAGAGAACUUUAAAACUGUAUAAACUGCCAGAGAACACAAAGGUACCAGGAUUCAGAAAGUUGGUGGAAGCAGAUAUACCAAUGGCUCACAAAAUAUUAACCGACUACUUGGAAAAAUUCGAUUUGGCUCCGAUGUUUUCGAUCGAGGAAUUUCGACACUGGUUCCUUCCACAAAACGGAAUCAUUAACAGUUUUGUAGUAGAAAAGGAUGGUAAAAUCACCGAUAUGGUUAGUUACUACACGUUACCGAGUUCUAUAAUGCAUCACCAGACCCACAAGACGCUCAGGGCUGCGUACAGUUUUUACAACGUGUCCACUGCAACUCCUUGGCUCGAACUUAUGACCGAUGCUCUGAUAUCGGCGCGUAAUCUCGAUUUCGACGUAUUCAACGCGUUGGAUCUUAUGGACAACAAGGAAUUCUUGGAACCUUUGAAGUUCGGUAUAGGUGAUGGAAAUCUACAAUAUUAUUUGUACAAUUGGCGUUGUCCUAGCAUGACACCGGGAAAAAUUGGUUUGGUGCUCCAGUAGAAUUCUAGCUGAUCGAUUCGUUGUCUAGAAAAUCAUUUUUCGCACGUGCAAGCUUACAGAGGGAUAAAAGUACAAGAGGGAACGGAUAUUACAAGAAUAAUGGAGACGAGGGACACUGAAACGGGAUCAAAUACGACCUCGACGGGUAUACAAUCCAGGGCAUAUUCGACGAUAUUUCCGUAUUAAAUCAAGGAGAAUGUCCCAUCGAUUCUACCGGUUCCGCGAAUGUUACCCUUGUCUCUGUCUCCGCUCAUGAUCAUGAUACUAGUUCAGGGUCGAGUUUGGAACAUGCAUGUGCCGCGCGUGUGUAUAUACGUAUGUGCGUGACUCGAGCAAUGUAGAUAAAUAUCGUAUGUUAGUAAUUUGCAAAAGCCGUGCGAAGGGAAGAAAGAUUCCCUUACUGGUAUACAUCGGUUGCGAAAUUAUCCAAAGUUUUUCGAUAAUCCGUUGGACGCUAUUUAAUUUAACAUAAACACUACGUUUCUCUCAGCAUCCUUUUGAUUAAAAUAAAUCGUAGGAAGUAUGCCGAAGUGAGAGUGGAAGAGUUGAAAUAAAACAAGGUCGAAAAGUAAA